AUGGCCUCAUAUGCUAAGUUCCUUAAAGAUAUCUUAUCUAAUGAGAAAAAGCUCGAGGAUAAUGAGACUGGUACACUUACUACUGAGUGUAGCGCUAUAAUCCAAAAUAACAUGCUUCCUAAGCUAAAAGAUCCAGGUAUGCUAGAGAACGUUCUCGUUCGUAUAGGUCAAUUCUAUAUUCCCACCAAAUUUAUAAUAAUGGACAUAAAGGAUGAUUCGAAUAUCCCUAUCAUUUUAGGAAGACCCUUUUGGGCCACUACUGGAGCUAUCAUAGAUGUGAAGAAAGGAAAGCUAACCUUUAAGGUUGGUGAAGAAAAAGUUGAAUUUAUUCUAUCACACUUCUUAAAGGCACCAGCUAUAGAAGAUUCAUGUUGUUUCCUAGAUGUUAUUAAUGAAUGCAUUAGAGAAAUGGAUAUGGAACGAUCUAAGUAUACUGAAGUACUGAAGAUUCCAGCACUCUUAUAUUUGAAGAGGAUAAUUGGCAUGAGUCAUACGUAA